AUGCCAAGUUUGGUCCCGGUCCAUCGUUGGUGGAGUCCAGAGUGUUCUUUGAGUGCAGGUGAACUAUACAUCCCAGUAUCUACAACUCCUAAAUGUCAAAGCCAAUUCCCUCCAGUUCCCUCCAAUAUGCCCAGUUUGGUCCCGGUCCAUCGUUGGUGGAGUCCAGAGUGUUCUUUGAGUGCAGGUGAACUAUACAUCCCAGUAUCUACAACUCCUAAAUGUCAAAGCCAAUUCCCUCCAGUUCCCUCCAAUAUGCCCAGUUUGGUCCCGGUCCAUCGUUGGUGGAGUCCAGAGUGUUCUUUGAGUGCAGGUGAACUAUACAUCCCAGUAUCUACAACUCCUAAAUGUCAAAGCCAAUUCCCUCCAGUUCCCUCCAAUAUGCCCAGUUUGGUCCCGGUCCAUCGUUGGUGGAGUCCAGAGUGUUCUUUGAGUGCAGGUGAACUAUACAUCCCAGUAUCUACAACUCCUAAAUGUCAAAGCCAAUUCCCUCCAGUUCCCUCCAAUAUGCCCAGUUUGGUCCCGGUCCAUCGUUGGUGGAGUCCAGAGUGUUCUUUGAGUGCAGGUGAACUAUACAUCCCAGUAUCUACAACUACUAAAUGUCAAAGCCAAUUCCCUCCAGUUCCCUCCAAUAUGCCCAGUUUGGUCCCGGUCCAUCGUUGGUGGAGUCCAGAGUGUUCUUUGAGUGCAGGUGAACUAUACAUCCCAGUAUCUACAACUCCUAAAUGUCAAAGCCAAUUCCCUCCAGUUCCCUCCAAUAUGCCCAGUUUGGUCCCGGUCCAUCGUUGGUGGAGUCCAGAGUGUUCUUUGAGUACAGGUGAACUAUACAUCCCAGUAUCUACAACUACUAAAUGUCAAAGCCAAUUCCCUCCAGUUCCCUCCAAUAUGCCCAGUUUGGUCCCGGUCCAUCGUUGGCGGAGUCCAGAGUGUUCUUUGAGUACAGGUGAACUAUACAUCCCAGUAUCUACAACUCCUAAAUGUCAAAGCCAAUUCCCUCCAGUUCCCUCCAAUAUGCCCAGUUUGGUCCCGGUCCAUCGUUGGUGGAGUCCAGAGUGUUCUUUGAGUGCAGGUGAACUAUACAUCCCAGUAUCUACAACUCCUAAAUGUCAAAGCCAAUUCCCUCCAGUUCCCUCCAAUAUGCCCAGUUUGGUCCCGGUCCAUCGUUGGUGGAGUCCAGAGUGUUCUUUGAGUACAGGUGAACUAUACAUCCCAGUAUCUACAACUACUAAAUGUCAAAGCCAAUUCCCUCCAGUUCCCUCCAAUAUGCCCAGUUUGGUCCCGGUCCAUCGUUGGUGGAGUCCAGAGUGUUCUUUGAGUGCAGGUGAACUAUACAUCCCAGUAUCUACAACUCCUAAAUGUCAAAGCCAAUUCCCUCCAGUUCCCUCCAAUAUGCCCAGUUUGGUCCCGGUCCAUCGUUGGUGGAGUCCAGAGUGUUCUUUGAGUACAGGUGAACUAUACAUCCCAGUAUCUACAACUACUAAAUGUCAAAGCCAAUUCCCUCCAGUUCCCUCCAAUAUGCCCAGUUUGGUCCCGGUCCAUCGUUGGUGGAGUCCAGAGUGUUCUUUGAGUGCAGGUGAACUAUACAUCCCAGUAUCUACAACUCCUAAAUGUCAAAGCCAAUUCCCUCCAGUUCCCUCCAAUAUGCCCAGUUUGGUCCCGGUCCAUCGUUGGUGGAGUCCAGAGUGUUCUUUGAGUACAGGUGAACUAUACAUCCCAGUAUCUACAACUCCUAAAUGUCAAAGCCAAUUCCCUCCAGUUCCCUCCAAUAUGCCCAGUUUGGUCCCGGUCCAUCGUUGGUGGAGUCCAGAGUGUUCUUUGAGUGCAGGUGAACUAUACAUCCCAGUAUCUACAACUCCUAAAUGUCAAAGCCAAUUCCCUCCAGUUCCCUCCAAUAUGCCCAGUUUGGUCCCGGUCCAUCGUUGGUGGAGUCCAGAGUGUUCUUUGAGUGCAGGUGAACUAUACAUCCCAGUAUCUACAACUCCUAAAUGUCAAAGCCAAUUCCCUCCAGUUCCCUCCAAUAUGCCCAGUUUGGUCCCGGUCCAUCGUUGGUGGAGUCCAGAGUGUUCUUUGAGUACAGGUGAACUAUACAUCCCAGUAUCUACAACUACUAAAUGUCAAAGCCAAUUCCCUCCAGUUCCCUCCAAUAUGCCCAGUUUGGUCCCGGUCCAUCGUUGGUGGAGUCCAGAGUGUUCUUUGAGUGCAGGUGAACUAUACAUCCCAGUAUCUACAACUCCUAAAUGUCAAAGCCAAUUCCCUCCAGUUCCCUCCAAUAUGCCCAGUUUGGUCCCGGUCCAUCGUUGGUGGAGUCCAGAGUGUUCUUUGAGUGCAGGUGAACUAUACAUCCCAGUAUCUACAACUCCUAAAUGUCAAAGCCAAUUCCCUCCAGUUCCCUCCAAUAUGCCCAGUUUGGUCCCGGUCCAUCGUUGGUGGAGUCCAGAGUGUUCUUUGAGUACAGGUGAACUAUACAUCCCAGUAUCUACAACUACUAAAUGUCAAAGCCAAUUCCCUCCAGUUCCCUCCAAUAUGCCCAGUUUGGUCCCGGUCCAUCGUUGGUGGGGUCCAGAGUGUUCUUUGAGUGCAGGUGAACUAUACAUCCCAGUAUCUACAACUCCUAAAUGUCAAAGCCAAUUCCCUCCAGUUCCCUCCAAUAUGCCCAGUUUGGUCCCGGUCCAUCGUUGGUGGAGUCCAGAGUGUUCUUUGAGUGCAGGUGAACUAUACAUCCCAGUAUCUACAACUCCUAAAUGUCAAAGCCAAUUCCCUCCAGUUCCCUCCAAUAUGCCCAGUUUGGUCCCGGUCCAUCGUUGGUGGAGUCCAGAGUGUUCUUUGAGUACAGGUGAACUAUACAUCCCAGUAUCUACAACUCCUAAAUGUCAAAGCCAAUUCCCUCCAGUUCCCUCCAAUAUGCCCAGUUUGGUCCCGGUCCAUCGUUGGUGGAGUCCAGAGUGUUCUUUGAGUACAGGUGAACUAUACAUCCCAGUAUCUACAACUACUAAAUGUCAAAGCCAAUUCCCUCCAGUUCCCUCCAAUAUGCCCAGUUUGGUCCCGGUCCAUCGUUGGUGGAGUCCAGAGUGUUCUUUGAGUGCAGGUGAACUAUACAUCCCAGUAUCUACAACUCCUAAAUGUCAAAGCCAAUUCCCUCCAGUUCCCUCCAAUAUGCCCAGUUUGGUCCCGGUCCAUCGUUGGUGGAGUCCAGAGUGUUCUUUGAGUACAGGUGAACUAUACAUCCCAGUAUCUACAACUACUAAAUGUCAAAGCCAAUUCCCUCCAGUUCCCUCCAAUAUGCCCAGUUUGGUCCCGGUCCAUCGUUGGUGGGGUCCAGAGUGUUCUUUGAGUGCAGGUGAACUAUACAUCCCAGUAUCUACAACUCCUAAAUGUCAAAGCCAAUUCCCUCCAGUUCCCUCCAAUAUGCCCAGUUUGGUCCCGGUCCAUCGUUGGUGGAGUCCAGAGUGUUCUUUGAGUACAGGUGAACUAUACAUCCCAGUAUCUACAACUACUAAAUGUCAAAGCCAAUUCCCUCCAGUUCCCUCCAAUAUGCCCAGUUUGGUCCCGGUCCAUCGUUGGUGGAGUCCAGAGUGUUCUUUGAGUGCAGGUGAACUAUACAUCCCAGUAUCUACAACUCCUAAAUGUCAAAGCCAAUUCCCUCCAGUUCCCUCCAAUAUGCCCAGUUUGGUCCCGGUCCAUCGUUGGUGGAGUCCAGAGUGUUCUUUGAGUACAGGUGAACUAUACAUCCCAGUAUCUACAACUACUAAAUGUCAAAGCCAAUUCCCUCCAGUUCCCUCCAAUAUGCCCAGUUUGGUCCCGGUCCAUCGUUGGUGGAGUCCAGAGUGUUCUUUGAGUGCAGGUGAACUAUACAUCCCAGUAUCUACAACUCCUAAAUGUCAAAGCCAAUUCCCUCCAGUUCCCUCCAAUAUGCCCAGUUUGGUCCCGGUCCAUCGUUGGUGGAGUCCAGAGUGUUCUUUGAGUGCAGGUGAACUAUACAUCCCAGUAUCUACAACUCCUAAAUGUCAAAGCCAAUUCCCUCCAGUUCCCUCCAAUAUGCCCAGUUUGGUCCCGGUCCAUCGUUGGUGGAGUCCAGAGUGUUCUUUGAGUGCAGGUGAACUAUACAUCCCAGUAUCUACAACUCCUAAAUGUCAAAGCCAAUUCCCUCCAGUUCCCUCCAAUAUGCCCAGUUUGGUCCCGGUCCAUCGUUGGUGGGGUCCAGAGUGUUCUUUGAGUACAGGUGAACUAGAAAUUCCAGAACCUACAACUCCCAAAUGUCAAGGCCAAUUCCCUCCAGUUCCCUCCAGUAUGCCAAGUUUGGUCCCAGUCCAUCAUUGGUGGGGUCCAGAAUGUUCUUUGAGGACAGGUGAACUAUAAAUCCCAGUACCUACAACUCCCAAAUAUCAAGGCCAAUUCCCCACAAAUCCCUCUAGUAUGCCAAGUUUGGUCCCGGUCCAUCAUUGGUGGGGUCCAGAAUGUUCUUUGAGGACAGGUGAACUAUAAAUCCCAGUACCUACAACUCCCAAAUGUCAAGGCCAAUUCCGCCCAAAUCCCUCCAGUAUGCCAAGUUUGGUCCACGUCCAUCACUGGUGGGGUCCAGAAUGUUCUUUGAGUGCAGGUGAACUAUAAAUCCCAGUACCUACAACUCCCAAAUGUCAAGGCCAAUUCCCCACAAAUCCCUCUAGUAUGCCAAGUUUGGUCCACGUCCAUCAUUGGUGGGGUCCAGAGUGUUCUUUGAGGACAGGUGAACUAUAAAUCCCAGUACCUACAACUCCCAAAUGUCAAGGCCAAUUCCGCCCAAAUCCCUCCAGUAUGCCAAGUUUGGUCCAGGUCCAUCAUUGGUGGGGUCCAGAGUGUUCUUUGAGGACAGGUGAACUAUACAUCCCAGUACCUACAACUCCCAAAUGUCAAGGCCAAUUCCCUCCAGUUCCUUCUAGUAUGCUAAGUUUGGUCCUGGUCCAUCGUUGGUGGGGUACAGAGUGUUCUUUGAGUGCAGGUGAACUAUAAAUCCCAGGACCUACAACUCCCAAAUGUCAAGGCCAAUUCCGCCCAAAUCCCUCCAGUAUGCCAAGUUUGGUCCAGGUCCAUCAUUGGUGGGGUCCAGAGUGUUCUUUGAGUGCAGGUGAACUAUACAUCCCAGUACCUACAACUCCCAAAUGUCAAGGCCAAUUCCCUCCAGUUCCUUCUAGUAUGCUAAGUUUGGUCCUGGUCCAUCGUUGGUGGGGUACAGAGUGUUCUUUGAGUGCAGGUGAACUAUAAAUCCCAGGACCUACAACUCCCAAAUGUCAAGGCCAAUUCCGCCCAAAUCCCUCCAGUAUGCCAAGUUUGGUCCCGGUCCAUCGUUGGGAGAUGUCACAGAUUGGAGAUCAUGACAGUGGGGUCCAGAGUGUUCUUUGAUUGUAGGUGAACUAUAAAUCCCAGGACCUACAACUCCCAAAUGUCAAGGCCAAUUCCCUCCAGUUCCUUCUAGUAUGCUAAGUUUGGUCCUGGUCUAUCGUUGGUGGAGUCCAGAGUGUUCUUUGAGUGCAGGUGAACUAGAAAUCCCAGUAUCUACAACUCCUAAAUGUCAAAGCCAAUUCCCUCCAGUUCCCUCCAGUAUGCCCAGUUUGGUCCCGGUCCAUCGUUGGUGGGGUCCAGAGUGUUCUUUGAGUACAGGUGAACUAUAAAUCCCAGUACCUACAACUCCCAAAUAUCAAGGCCAAUUCCCCACAAAUGCCUCUAGUAUGCCAAGUUUGGUCCCGGUCCAUCAUUGGUGGGGUCCAGAGUGUUCUUUGAGUGCAGGUGAACUAGAAAUUCCAGAACCUACAACUCCCAAAUGUCAAGGCCAAUUCCCUCCAGUUCCCUCCAGUAUGCCAAGUUUGGUCCCAGUCCAUCAUUGGUGGGGUCCAGAAUGUUCUUUGAGGACAGGUGAACUAUAAAUCCCAGUACCUACAACUCCCAAAUAUCAAGGCCAAUUCCGCCCAAAUCCCUCCAGUAUGCCAAGUUUGGUCCCGGUCCAUCGUUGGGAGAGGUCACAGAUUGGAGAUCAUGACAGUGGGGUCCAGAGUGUUCUUUGAUUGUAGGUGAACUAUAAAUCCCAGGACCUACAACUCCCAAAUGUCAAGGCCAAUUCCCUCCAGUUCCUUCUAGUAUGCUAAGUUUGGUCCUGGUCCAUCGUUGGUGGGGUCCAGAGUGUUCUUUGAGUGCAGGUGAACUAGAAAUUCCAGAACCUACUACUCCCAAAUGUCAAGGCCAAUUCCAUCCAAAUCCAUCCAGUAUGUUUUGUUGGUCAUGGAAGGUCUGUGUCCCAAAUGUGGUCCUGGUCCAUUGUCGGUGGGGGUCACAGUGCUGUGUCUUGAUGCAGGGUGAACUACAACUUCCAUAUUAUUAUUAUUAUUAUUAUUAUUAUUAUUAUUAUUAUUUUAUCAUAUGACACAGCAAACAAGAUAGAUAUGCUGGAUUUCGUAUCACAAAACCACAAGUCGAACACUUCCCAAGUGUCUAGGACUGUGUGAUAUAUUAUUAUUAUUAUUAUUAUUAUUAUUAUUAUUAUUAUUAUUAUUAUUAUGACACAGCAAACAAGAUAGAUAUGCUGGAUUUCGUAUCACAAAAUCACAAGUCAAACACUUCCCAAGUGUCUAGGACUGUGUGAUGUAUAUUAUUAUUAUUAUUAUUAUUAUUAUUAUUAUUAUUAUUAUUAUUAUUAUUAUUAUGACACAGCAAACAAGAUAGAUAUGCUGAAUUUCGUAUCACAAAACCACAAGUCGAACACUUCCCAAGUGUCUAGGACUGUGUGAUGUAUUUUCGGAUGAUGUGCGCAGAUCCCAGUCGGGUGGCCUUUUGCAGUUGGCAGAUCAUAAUGUUGUCAAUGCCUAUUGUUUCCAAAUACCGGCUGAGAUCUUUUGGCAUGGCACCCAGUGUGCCCAUCACCACCGGGACCGCCUGCACUGGUUUCUGCCAGAGUCUUUGAAGUUCAGUCUUGAGGUCCUGAUAGCGGCUGAGUUUUUCCUGUUGUUUUUCGUCACCUGGGAUGGCGACAUCCAUGAUCCAAACCUUUUUCUUCUCCACAACUGUGAUGUCUGGUGUGUUGUGUUCCAGAACUUUGUCAGUCUGGAUUCAGAAGUCCCACAGUAUCUUUGCGUGUUCAUUUUCCAAUACUUUUGCAGGUUUGUGAUCCCACCAGUUCUUUACUGCUGGGAGGUGGUACUUGAGGCAUAAGUUGUUGUUGUUGUUAUUAUUAUUAUUGUUGUUGUUGUUGUUAUUGUCGGGGGUGCUUUGAAUGCGAUUUCCUGCUUCUUGGCAGAAUGGGGUUGGACUGGAUGGCCCAUGAGGUCUCUUCCAACUCUACUGUUCUAUGACUCUAUGAUUCUAUCAUGUGGAAUCAGUACCUCAAACUCCUCCAGUAUGUUCAGUUUCUGCUCAGUCCUGCUCUGUUUGUUAUGCAGACAGUUGAAAAGAGUAGGAAAGGGUUAAGGGAGAGGUAGUGGGCGGGGUCAUGCAAAUUCCACAGCAGUGGAGAGAGUAAGGAACUCUGGGAUGCCAGUUGUGGAGGAAAACCAUGAAAUAUCGGAUAGGAAAUCCUUGACUUGGGUGGGGGGGUUGUAUGGUGUUUGUGGGGGACACGGGCAGGGUUUGGGCUCCAUGUUCAUGGUGCUCACUAUAACCUGAAGUGUCAUUGGAGGAGGUGCUUUUGGUGGCUCCUCAGCACUGUGGAUUAUAACUCUUUGUGGAGGUGGGAGGCUAUCUGUGUAAGUUGACACUUUUAUUAUGUGUAUAGAUAGAUUACGUGGUCACAGUGUACCAGAGUUGCAUUGGAGGACCUAGAGAUUGGUGGGUAGUGUAUCAUAAAAUCAUCCGGUGGACGUGGCCAAUCCAUAGAAAAACUAUUUUCCUCCAGAUGUGGCUUUGUGAAACUGGAUAUCGUUUCUGCGGUUAUGGGGGUCUUCUUGUAUUUGAAUUAACAAGUGUCCACUAAUGGAAGGAUAACAAUGUAUUAAAUGUCAUUAAACAUUGUAUUGGGUUUUUAUAUUGUUCUGUCCGGGGUUGGCCCCAUGUAAGCCGCCCCGAGUCCCUUCGGGGAGAUGGGGCGGGGUAUAAGAAUAAAAUUAUUAUUAUUAUUAUUAUUAUUAUUAUUAUUAUUAUUAUUAUUGACACAAAGACAAGAGUAUGACACAGCAAACGAGAUCUAUAUGCUGGAUUUCGUAUCACAAAAUCACAAGUCGAACACUUCCCAAGUGUCUAGGACUGUGUGAUGUAUUAUUAUUAUUAUUAUUAUUAUUAUUAUUAUUAUUAUUAUCAACACAACGACGUUGUAUGGCACAGCAAACAAGAUAGAUAUGCUGGAUUUCGUUUCGCAAAACCACAAGUCGAACACUUCCCAAGUGUCUAGGACUGUGUGAUGUAUUUUCUGAUGAUGUGUGCAGAUCCCAGUAGGGUGGCCUUUUGCAGUUGGCAGAUGGUGAUUUUGUCAAUGUCUAUUGUUUCCAAAUGCUGGCUGAGAUCUUUUGGCACAGCACCCAGUGUGCCCAUCACCACCGGGACCGGAAUAAUAAUAAUAAUAAAAAAAUUAUUAUUAUUAUUAUUAUUAUGUACAAUAAAUGAAUAUAAAUUUCAGAUAAAUGGUUACAAAUGACAAUCAAACUGUUGCAUUCACAGGAUGAUGAAUGGUAGUUGCAUUCACAAUGGAGUAAACUUUCUUGUUUACUUUCUUGUUUCUUCAUAAAAGAUGAGUAGAGCCCUGAUCCACAACCGGUUUCGACUACCUAUAGUCUUUGUCUGGUGGUAGGGUCUGCUAGUAUUGGGUAACAUUAAUACAAUUGUACAAAGUGUUUUCUGGCUUAGUAAAAUUGACGGCUAUUAAUGCAUACUACAGUAGAGUCUCACUUAUCCAUCAUAAACGGGCCGGCAGAAUGUUGGAUAUGCAAAAAUGUUGGAUAAUAAGGAGGGAUUAAGGAAAAGCCUAUUAAACAUCAAAUUGGGUUAUGAUUUUACAAAUUAAGCACCAAAACAUCAUGUUUUACAACAAAUUUGGCAGAAAAAGUAGUUCAAUACGCAGUAAUGCUAUGUAGUAAUUACUGUAUUUACGAAUUUAGCACCAAAAUAUCACGAUGUAUUGAAAACAUUGACCACAAAAAUGGAUUGGAUAAUCCAGAGGCUUGGAUAAGCGAGGCUUGGAUUAGUGAGACUCUACUGUAUAGACAUAAUAUCUUUUCAUUAUUUUAUUUUUAUCCAUUCUGUGUUUAAUGUAUCAAGAGAACAACUUGUAAGCCACUGUAUGUUCCCAAGAGGUUCCACGAUAUCUAUGAAAGACUUUACAGUUCAUUGAGAACAUUCUUGAAUUGUUUAAACUAAAUAACAAAAGUAAGUAGUAUGCAUUAAGAGGUAUCAAUUUUACUAAGCCAGAAAACACUUUGUACAAUUGUAUUAAUGUUACUCAAUACUAAUAUUAAUAAUAAUAAUAAUAAUAAUAAUAAUAAUAAUAAUAAUAAUAAUAAUAAAACUUUAUUUAUACCCCGCCACCAUCUCCCCGUGGGCACUCAGGGCGGCUUACAUGGGGCAGAGGCCCAAACAACAUAGGACAAAAUAUAGGCAACAUAAUACAAAUCACACUAUAAAAAGAUAAAACAGUAAUACAAUAUAUCAAUUAAAACAAAAAUACAGGAUAAAAAAAUUGCAUUUAAAACAAUACCAGCAGACCCUACCACCAGACGAAGACUAUAAGUAGUCAAAACCGAUUGUGGAUCAGGGGUCUACUCAUCUUUUAUGAAGAAACAAGAAAAUAAACAAGAAAGUUUACUCCGUUGUGAAUGUAACUACCAUUCAUCAUAUUGUGAAUGCAACAGUUUGAUUGUCAUUUGUAACCAUUUAUCUAAAAUUUAUAUUCAUUUAUUGUACACAAUACAAUGUUUAAAGACAUUUAAUACAUUGUUAUUAUUCCAUUAGUGGACACUUGUUAGUUCAAGCCCUUGGGAACCCAUUUUUUCUUAUGGUCUUCUUGUAUUUGCCAUGAAUUUUAGCUUUUUUUCUCCACCCCUUCCCAACCAAAACAGUGCUUCACUGCAAAGCGUCUGCUUGUGUGUUUCCCUUUGCUGCGCAUGUUCUCCUUCUCGAGUCCAUGCGCAGAGACACCAUUAACGGCUUACUUACUUACGCGAUCCCUCGUAGUUUGAGGAUGAUUGUCUUCCAUCUUGGGGAUGGAUCCGUAGGUGGCUGAAGAGACCUAUUCUUGAUCUGCAUCUUCUCCCUUCCGCAGUAAGGACAUCGGUUUCCAGACGGAAGGCAGUCCCGGUCGGGGUUGGCUUGACGCUCCUUCCUCUUGGCACGUUUCUCCCUUCAGCCCUCCGUUCGUGCCUCUUCGAACUCCGCAGCACUGCUGGUCACAGCUGACCUCCAGUUAGAGCACUCAAGGACCAGGGCUUCCCAGUUCUCAGUCUCUCUGCCACAGUUUUUAAGGUUGGCUUUGGGCCCAUCUUUCAAUCUCUUUUCCUGCCCACCAACAUUCCGUUUCCCAUUCUUGAGUUCGGAGUUUGGGAGACGGUGAUCUUUGGGCAUUCGGACAACGUGGCCUUCAGUCCAGCGGAGUUGAUGGCGUAGGAGCAUCACUUCAAUGCUGGUGGUCUUUGCUUCUUCUUCCACCACGCUGGCAUUUGUCCGCCUGUCUUCCCAAGAGAUUGGCAGGAUUUUCCUGAGGCAACGCUGAUGGAAUCGCUCCAGGAGUUUGGUGUGACGUCUGUAGACAGUCCACGUUUCGCAGGCGUAGAGCAGGGUUGGGAGGGGAAUGGCUUUGUAAACAAGCACCUUGGUCUCUCUACGGAUGUCCCGGUCAUCAAACACUCUCUGCUUCAUUCGAAAAAAUGCUGCGCUCGCAGAGCUCAGGCAGUGUUGUAUUUCAGUGUCAUCUGUAGACCGUCCACGUUUUGCAGGCGUAGAGCAGGGUUGGGAGGGGAAUGGCUUUGUAAACAAGCACCUUGGUCUCUCUACGGAUGUCCCGGUUAUCAAAAACUCUCUGCUUCAUUCGAAAAAAUGCUGCGCUCGCAGAGCUCAGGCGGUGUUGUAUUUCAGUGUCAUCUGUAGACCGUCCACGUUUCGCAGGCGUAGAGCAGGGUUGGGAGGGGAAUGGCUUUGUAAACAAGCACCUUGGUCUCUCUACGGAUGUCCCGGUCAUCAAAAACUCUCUGCUUCAUUCGAAAAAAUGCUGCGCUCGCAGAGCUCAGGCGGUGUUGUAUUUCAGUGUCAUCUGUAGACCGUCCACGUUUCGCAGGCGUAGAGCAGGGUUGGGAGGGGAAUGGCUUUGUAAACAAGCACCUUGGUCUCUCUACGGAUGUCCCUCUCAUCAAACACUCUCUGCUUCAUUCGAAAAAAUGCUGCGCUCGCAGAGCUCAGGCGGUGUUGUAUUUCAGUGUCAUCUGUAGACCAUCCACGUUUCGCAGGCGUAGAGCAGGGUUGGGAGGGGAAUGGCUUUGUAUACGAGCAUCUUGGUAUCUCUACGGAUGUCCCGGUCAUCAAACACUCUCUGCUUCAUUCGAAAAAAUGCUGCGCUCGCAGAGCUCAGUUGGUGUUGUAUUUCAGUGUCAAUGUUGACUUUUGUGAGAGGUGGCUGCCAAGGGAGCGGAAAUGGUCAACAUUUUCUAAUGUGACAACAUUAAGUUGUAUUUCCUCCAUUGCAGAGGGAUUGGCUGGUUCCUGUUGGAAGAGCACUUUGGUUUUCUCGAUGUUCAGUGAGAGGCCGAGCUUCUCGUCUGCUUCUGCGAAGGUGUUGAGAGUGGCUUGUAGGUCUUCUUCUGAGUGCGUGCAGACAUUAACGGCACCGAUGGAGGGAUAGAGGCAAGUAGGAUCUCUCUCCAAAGAUCCCCAAUGAAUCCUUGGCAUCUUUGGCCUGCCCCUUUGUGCCCCCUCCCCAAAUGGCAUUCACUCUCACCAUUCACCCCACUUCUCGGUUCCUGCCCACCUUGGGACCCCUUCCCCAGGAAAUGCUCCUCCUCCUCGCCUCCUUCUGGGGUCCUGGCUAUGCAAUCGGGGCUCUUGCUUCUCAGAUAUGGGGCAGCUCCACCUCAACCUAAUGCAAGACCCCCAUUGCCCCCGUUUCCCUGGCCUUCAAGCUUCAGCGGGGCAACAAAUAAAGGGACUGCUGCUGUGCUUCUGGACUUGGUUUUUUCCGUACAUCCCUUCCUCCUGAUGCUCUCUGUCUAGGUCAAUAAACCAGAAUCCGUCUCCUC